AUGGGAGAUAGAAGGAAGGUGACAGUGACGACGAAGGAAGAGAGAGAGAAGAGAAAGAGGAGACAGGAAGAAGAAGAGAAGAUGAGGGAGGAGAUGGAAGAAGGAGGAGGUGGAGAAAGAGAUGUGAGGAAGAAGAGGAGACGAAGACUGAGAAGAGAGAAAAGAGAAAGAGGAUGCAGGAGAAAGAAGGGGAGUGUCACGCCCCUGGGGAAGUGCGGCAGUGACCAGGGAGUGACGUGGGAGAGGAUCUGUGUUGUGCUGCAACCCUUCGUCAUCCCUGCAGCAUCUUCCUCCCGUAGUGGUAAGAGGCCUUCGUGCAGAGUUACUUGUAUUCUCUUCUCACAGUGCGCGGGGAAACACAAUGCACACCACUCACAGCCCACACAGUUCAAACCACUCACAGCCUACACGGUUCAGACCACUCACAGCCCACACAGUUCAGACCAGUCACAGCCCACACAGUUCAGACCAGUCACAACCCACACAGACCAGUCACAGCCCACACAGACCAGUCACAGGCCACACAGACCAGUCACAGGCCACACAGUUCAGACCAGUCACAACCCACACAGACCAGUCACAGCCCACACAGACCAGUCACAGCCCACACAGUUCAGACCAGUCACAAUCCACACAGACCAGUCACAGUCCACACAGACCAGUCACAGUCCACACAGUUCAGACCAGUCACAGCCCACACAGUUCAGACCAGUCACAGCCCACACAGACCAGUCACAGCCCACACACAGACCAGUCACAGCCGAAAAAGACCAGUCACAGCCCACACAGAACAGUCACAGUCCACACAGACCAGUCACAGUCCACACAGACCAGUCACAGCCCACACAGACCAGUCACAGCCCACACAGACCAGUCACAGCCCACACAGACCAGUCACAGCCCACACAGUUCAGACCAGUCACAAUCCACACAGACCAGUCACAGCCCACACAGACCAGUCACAGCCCACACAGUUCAGACCAGUCACAGCCCACACAGACCAGUCACAGCCCACACAGACCAGUCACAGCCCACACAGACCAGUCACAGCCCACACAGAACAGUCACAGUCCACACAGACCAGUCACAGCCCACACAGACCAGUCACAGCCCACACAGACCAGUCACAGCCCACACAGUUCAGACCAGUCACAAUCCACACAGACCAGUCACAGUCCACACAGUUCAGACCAGUCACAGCCCACACAGUUCAGACCAGUCACAGCCCACACAGACCAGUCACAGCCCACACAGUUCAGACCAGUCACAGCCCACACAGUUCAGACCAGUCACAGCCCACACAGACCAGUCACAGCCCACACAGUUCAGACCAGUCACAAUCCACACAGACCAGUCACAGCCCACACAGACCAGUCACAGCCUACGCAGUUCAGACCAGUCACAAUCCACACAGACCAGUCACAGCCCACACAGACCAGUCACAAUCCACACAGACCAGUCACAAUCCACACAGACCAGUCACAACCCACACAGACCAGUCACAACCCACACAGACCAGUCACAGCCUACGCAGUUCAGACCAGUCACAGCCUACACAGGGGAGGAGGUGGUGAGGUGGCACUGCUUACCUCUCAGUGCCAGAUGUCCCCUCCUUAUCUGCUCUCCUCCCUCUGUGUCUACAGGCACAGUCUUGGCGGACACCUGAUAGCGGUAGUUACAGAAAUAGUACAUAGGGAGAGGGAGGGGGAGAGGGAGAGGGAGAAAGAGAAGGAGAGUACUGAAGAGAAACGAUUGAAGAGGGAGAGGAAAGAAAGGAAGAUGAAAAGGAGGAGGAGAAUAAGAAGAAAAGUGAUUGAGUUUAAUGAAGAAAUUUUAACUUUUUUUUUAGGCUAUUCUGUCUCCUCCUCUUCCUCUUCUUCCUCCUCCUCCUUCUCCUUCUCUUCCUCCUCCGCAUCAUUAUCGUCGUCUUCUUCUUUCUCCUCCUCUUCUCCUUAUGCUCAUUCUUCUUGUUCUUCUUCACCUCUUCUCCUCCUCCUCUCCUCCUCCUCCUCCUCCUCCUCCUUCUCCUCCUCCUCCUCCUCCUCCUCCUCCACCUCCUCCUCCUCCUCCUCCUCCUCCUCCUCCUCCUCCUCUCCUCUCCUC